AUGUCCUCUCCUCUCCGUUCUUGUGAGGAAGAUGAGGGCAUGGCGGUUAAUUCCGAGGGAGGAGAUUUUGAUGAAGAAGAAGAAGACGACGGGGAGCUGGACGAGAACGCAAGCGACAUAAACUCGCCGGCGGCGCCUCGAGAAACUGCAGCGCUCGCCGCGCCAGACGAUGGUGAGGAUGGAGGGGAGACAUCAGGCAGGGAAAGCCUGGGAAAGAAGAAGAGAGGUCCAAAAAAGAAGAAGGAAACUAAAAAGAAAGACAAAGACAGCAAGACCACCAAAGCACGCAAGCGCAAAAAAAUAGACAGCGAUAUAGAGAGAGACUCAGAACAGGACUAUGGAGUGAACUCAGACAGUGCGGUCAGCGAUUAUGGAGAGAAGAAGAAGAAAAAGAAGCAUAAAGAAAAGAAAGAAAAGAAGACCAAGAAAAAGAAAAAAGACGACGACGACAGUACACACGAAGAGACCACAAAACCAGUAGAGCUAAAGACAUCUGCUCAGUUGGCAAAAGACUGGGGUCUGGAGGAUGUGGAUCAUACUUUCACAGAGGAGGAUUAUCGCACACUAACCAACUACAAGGCCUUUAGCCAGUUCAUGAGGCCUAUGAUAGCUAAGAAGAACCCUAAGAUCCCCAUGUCUAAAAUGAUGACCAUCUUGGGAGCAAAGUGGAGAGAGUUCAGCUCCAAUAACCCCUUCAAAGGUUCAGCAGCCGCUAUUGCAGCUGCAGCAGCCGCCGCCGCGGCAGCCGUUGCUGAGCAGGUCUCCGCGGCAACCGCCUCGCCCGAGCCGCCCCCUCAGCCACCCCCACUUCGCAAGGCCAAGACCAAAGAAGGGAAAGGCCCUGGUUAUAAGAAACGCAGCAAGAGUCUACGCACCUCUGACAAAAAGAAGCCCAAGCCUAAGAAGAUGGCUCCCCUCCGAAUAAAACUGGGAGCUCUCGGGAACAAGCGCAAGAAGAGCAGCUCGAGUGAGGAUGUGGACGAUGAUGACUCUGAGCAGGAGAACUCGAGUGUUCACAGCUCAUCAGUGCGCUCAGACAGCUCCGGCCGGGUGAAAAAGAACAAGCGAGGUCGGCCAGCAAAGAAAAAGAAAAAAGUGCUGGGAGAUGAAGAUGGUGAUGGCUAUGAGACAGAUCAUCAGGACUACUGUGAGGUGUGUCAGCAGGGAGGGGAGAUCAUACUGUGUGACACAUGCCCCAGAGCGUAUCACCUAGUGUGUCUGGAGCCCGAGCUGGAGAAAGCUCCUGAGGGCAAGUGGAGCUGCCCACACUGCGAGAAAGAAGGGAUUCAGUGGGAGGCGAAAGAAGAAGACUUUGAAGAGUUUGAAGAAGAGUGUGAUGAUGGCGGAGUGGUGGAGCCAGGACCAGGAGGAGAGGAAGAAGAGGAUGAUCACAUGGAGUUCUGUCGAGUGUGUAAAGAUGGAGGGGAGCUGCUAUGCUGUGACUCCUGCCCUUCCUCUUAUCACAUACACUGCCUCAACCCCCCACUGCCUGAAAUACCCAAUGGAGAGUGGCUGUGCCCCAGAUGUACAUGUCCACCAAUCAAAGGGCGAGUACAGAAGAUCCUACACUGGCGAUGGGGUGAACCUCCUCCUCCUGUGCCUGUUCCUCCGCCCCCAGAUGCACCGCCUGAUGCUCCACCCCCACCUCCCAUGAAAGGCCGGCCAGAGAGAGAGUUCUUCGUGAAGUUGGCAGGACAGUCCUACUGGCAUUGUACAUGGAUCACUGAACUUCAGCUGGAGAUCUUUCACUCUGUGAUGUUCCGUAACUACCAGCGGAAGACUGAUAUGGAUGAGCCACCUAGUCUGGACUAUGGCUCUGGAGGAGAGGAGGAUUCUGGGAAAAGUGAGAAACGACGGGCCAAAGACCCUCAAUAUGCUAUCUUAGAGGAGAAGUACUACCGCUAUGGCAUUAAGCCAGAAUGGAUGAUGGUACACAGAAUAAUUAACCACAGUGUGGAUAAGAAGGGGAACUACCACUACCUGGUGAAGUGGAGAGACUUAACUUACGAUCAGUGUACAUGGGAAAGAGAUGACUUGGACAUCCCAGAGUUUGGCAUCUAUAAGGCAGCUUACUGGAGACACAGAGAGGAGGUGAUGAAGGAGGACCCAGACAAGCCAAGGAAGAUGAGGAGAAAAGAGGAGAAUGAUGAAGCUCCUGGCACGCCUGUUAAUGAUCCCACGAUAAAGUACGAGGAGCAGCCGGACUUUGUGACAGUAACAGGGGGAACUCUGCACCUCUACCAGCUGGAAGGUCUCAAUUGGCUGCGCUUCUCCUGGGCACAGGGCACCGAUACCAUCCUGGCUGACGAGAUGGGCCUGGGAAAGACUAUCCAGACCAUUGUCUUUCUCUACUCACUCUUUAAAGAGGGUCACACCAAGGGGCCGUUCCUGGUGAGCGCCCCACUCUCCACCAUCAUCAACUGGGAGCGGGAGUUUGAGAUGUGGGCUCCAGACUUUUACGUGGUCACAUACACAGGGGACAAAGACAGUAGAGCUAUCAUCCGUGAGAACGAGUUCUCCUUUGACGACACUGCCGUGAAAGGAGGGAAGAAAGCCUUCAAACUGAGGAGAGAAGCUCCCAUUAAAUUCCAUGUGUUGCUGACAUCCUAUGAGCUGGUGACUAUUGACCAGACUGCCCUGAAAUCCAUCGACUGGGCCUGUCUAGUGGUGGACGAAGCUCACCGUCUCAAAAAUAAUCAGUCCAAGUUUUUCAGGCGACUGAAUGACUAUAAGAUUGAUCAUAAACUGCUGCUAACAGGCACGCCCCUUCAGAACAAUCUGGAAGAGCUUUUUCACCUGCUUAAUUUCCUCACGCCCAACCGCUUCAAUAAUCUGGAGGGCUUUCUGGAGGAGUUUGCGGACAUCUCCAAAGAGGACCAGAUCAAGAAGCUGCAUGAUCUGCUGGGGCCGCACAUGCUGAGACGGCUCAAGGCGGACGUGUUUAAGAACAUGCCGGCAAAAACGGAGCUCAUUGUGCGUGUGGAGCUCAGCCCUAUGCAGAAAAAAUACUACAAGUUCAUCCUGACAAGGAACUUCGAGGCACUGAACUCGAAGGGAGGAGGGAACCAGGUUUCUCUGCUCAACAUCAUGAUGGACCUGAAAAAAUGCUGCAACCACCCCUACCUCUUUCCUGUCGCAUCCAUGGAAGCUCCAAAGACGCCAAGUGGAUCAUAUGAGGGGGUCAGCCUCACAAAGGCUUCUGGGAAACUGAUGCUGCUGCAGAAAAUGCUGAGAAAACUGAAAGAGCAGGGCCAUCGUGUGCUUGUGUUCUCUCAGAUGACUAAGAUGCUGGAUUUGCUGGAGGAUUUCCUGGACUAUGAGGGUUAUAAAUAUGAGCGCAUUGAUGGAGGGAUCACUGGAGCACUACGACAGGAGGCCAUAGACAGAUUUAAUGCUCCAGGUGCACUUCAGUUCUGUUUCCUUCUGUCUACAAGGGCAGGGGGACUGGGAAUCAAUCUGGCCACUGCAGACACUGUCAUUAUCUUUGACUCUGACUGGAACCCUCAUAACGAUAUUCAGGCCUUUAGUCGGGCCCAUAGGAUUGGUCAGGCAAAUAAGGUGAUGAUCUAUCGGUUUGUGACUCGUGCAUCUGUUGAGGAACGGAUUACCCAGGUAGCCAAGCGUAAGAUGAUGCUGACCCACCUGGUGGUGCGGCCAGGGCUGGGUUCCAAAGCUGGCUCCAUGUCCAAACAGGAACUGGAUGACAUCCUGAAGUUCGGCACCGAGGAGCUAUUCAAGGAUGAAACUGAAGCGGGAGACAAUAAGGAUGAGGACAGCAGCGUGAUUCACUAUGAUAAUGCCGCCAUUGAACGUCUGCUGGACCGGAGUCAGGAUGCCACUGAUGACACAGACAUGCAGAACAUGAAUGAGUACCUUAGCUCCUUCAAAGUAGCCCAGUACACAGUCCGAGAAGACGACAAGAUUGAGGAGAUUGAGAGAGAGAUCAUUAAGCAGGAGGAGAACGUAGACCCAGAUUACUGGGAGAAGCUUCUCCGGCACCAUUACGAGCAGCAGCAGGAGGAUCUGGCCCGCAACCUGGGCAAGGGCAAGAGAGUCCGCAAACAGGUCAACUACAAUGAUGCUGCACAGGAGGAUCAAGAGUGGCAUGCUGAUAUCUCAGACAACCAGUCUGAAUACUCUGUGGGAUCAGAGGAGGAGGAUGAGGACUUUGAUGAGAGGCCAGAAGGUCGAAGGCAGUCUCGGAGGCAGAUCAGAAACGAAAAGGAUAAACCACUGCCUCCUCUGUUGGCUCGAGUGGGUGGCAACCUUGAGGUAUUGGGCUUUAACACGCGUCAGAGGAAAGCUUUCCUGAAUGCGGUGAUGAGAUGGGGUAUGCCUUCUCAGGAUGCUUUCUCCUGCCAGUGGCUGGUACGAGAUCUGCGUGGCAAAAGCGAGAAAGAGUUCAAGGCAUAUGUUUCUCUCUUCAUGAGGCACUUGUGCGAGCCGGUAGCUGAUGGCUCAGAGACAUUUGCCGAUGGCGUGCCGAGGGAAGGUCUGUGCAGGCAACCUGUGCUGACCCGCAUCGGAGUCAUGAGCCUGGUGAAAAAAAAGGUUCAGGAAUUUGAACACAUUAAUGGAAAAUGGAGUAUGCCUGAGCUGAAGCCUGAAGUCACUGGGGACUCCAAGAAAUCCUCAAGAGCUUCCUCACCUGCCAUUAAAACAGCUACACCCACUCCAGAGCAGAGCUGCAACAACACACCCUGCACCUCAAAGCCAGCCACACCCUCUCCACCUGAGAAACCAGAAAAGAUUGGAAAGGAGGGAGAGCGAGAAGAGGGAGAGAGCCUGACUGAUGCAGAGAAAGAGAAGGGGAGAGAGGGGAAAGAAGGAGAAAACCCAGACAGUACAGAAUCUAAAGAGGAGACUGAAAAAGAUACUGCACCCAGUGAAAUGUCUGAGCCAUCUGAAGGGUUCACAAGAGCAAGUGCAGGAGACUCCAAAUCAAAAGAAGCUUCUGACACCAUUCCACCCUCACCAAAGUCAAAGUGUGGGAAAGAAAAGGGUGGAGAGGAGGAGAGCCCUAAGAAAGAGGCUGGUAUUGAAAAAAUGAAGGAAGAAUCCUCAUCAGAAUUUCCUGCAAUCAAAGACGAGAAGCAAGCAGCAGAGAAAGGGGAGAAGAGUGAAAAGGGAGGAACAGGUGAAAAAGUCAUGGAAGAGAAAGAAAAAACUGUGGAGACACCUGUUUCUACAGAAUCAGCAGAAAAGAAGGAGAAAGCAGAAAGCCAAAUGCAGGAUGUUAAGAACGAUGAGGGCAAGAUGGAAAAGGAUGGUGGGAAAGACGUCAAAGGGCAGAAGGAGGAGACCACCAAGGGGAAUGGCAAGCCAACUGAGCGUCCGCGGUUCAUGUUCAACAUUGCAGAUGGAGGAUUUACAGAGUUGCACACGCUGUGGCAGAAUGAGGAGCGAGCAGCAAUCUCAUCUGGGAAGAUGAAUGAGAUCUGGCAUCGGCGGCACGACUUCUGGCUGCUGGCUGGAAUCGUACUUCAUGGCUAUGCUAGAUGGCAGGACAUUCAGAACGACCCCCAGUUUGCCAUCGUCAAUGAGCCGUUCAAGUCCCAAGCCAACAAGGGCAACUUCCUGGAGAUGAAGAACAAGUUCCUGGCCAGGAGGUUUAAGCUGUUAGAGCAGGCAUUGGUGAUUGAGGAGCAGCUGCGUCGGGCGGCGUACCUUAACAUGACGCAGGACCCCACUCACCCGGCCAUGGCCCUGAAUGCACGCUUCGCUGAGGUGGAGUGUCUGGCAGAAUCACACCAACACCUCAGCAAAGAGUCGCUUGCGGGAAACAAACCUGCCAACGCCGUCCUACACAAGGUUCUCAACCAACUGGAGGAGCUGCUCAGCGAUAUGAAAGCUGAUGUAACGCGGCUUCCUGCCACACUGUCCAGAGUCCCACCAAUUGCAGCACGCCUGCAAAUGUCCGAGAGGAGCAUCCUCAGCAGACUGGCCAACAAGGGCAAUGAGACUCACACACCACCGCCCAUCCCACCUGGACCGUAUGCAACUCCACAGAACUACGGGCCCCCCUUCACUCCAGCACCACCAGCCAUGGCUCUGGCUGCGGCCAACUACAGCCAGAUGCCUCCAGGCUCGUUCAUAUCAGAAGCCCCACUCUGCCUGAAGACCAAAGAGCACAACGUCCUACAGCGCCAGCGGGUGGUGGACCUUUGGAAGGACGGCAGGUCGGAAGGGUCUAUCGGACAGGAGCUGCACAUGCCAAAAUCCACCGUGCACAGCAUCAUCGUCAAAUACCGCCUCAGCAACACGGUGGAGAACCUCCCUCGCAAUGGCCGACCCAAAAAACCCUAACUGAUAGAUGCCAUGGACAAAAGCACACACUCAGUGGGAGAAAGAAUGAAGAGAGAGAAACGAGUGAGGGUAGAAAGAGAGAAAUGUUAGAAAUCAAGCCAGAAGAAGCUUAGAAAGUCAGGCUGAGAAGGUUACAAACCUGAUAAAUGGAGAGAGGGAGAGUGAAAAGGGGAGAGGGGUACAGAAGAGGGGCUGUCAGGAAACAGCUUAGCACAGAGAAAAAGGAAGAAAAGGAGGGAAGAGCUGAGAGCAAUUUAAGGUACAUACGACCUCCCUGGCUGCCAAAGCAAAACAAUAAAGUCAUCAGGAGUAAUAUGAACAGACGGCAAGGUGAAUAGUCUGAAUAAGGUGAAGCGAGCAAGCAGGACAAAAGAGGAAAUCACCCAACCGUUUCCAGUGAAAAGUGGGAGCCAGUGAGACAGAGUGCAAAAAGCACCCCUCUCUCUCACCCUCACUACCCCCCUCUAACUUUCAUCUCUCUCUCUGACAGAAAUCCCAGUGGAUUCAUCGUUCACUUGGCAAGAGAAAUAAGUGCACAUGUCGAAGUACCCAGGACCUUUACUCCCUAAUUCCUGUGGAAAUCUCUCUCUCCCUCUCUCUCUCUCUCUCUCUCUCUGUCUCUCUCUCUCUCUGGAGCCCCUUCAUGCAUACAGAGGGAGUACUGAAACAUUUCUUAGUGUCAAAACCAAGGAAUUCCUGAGAUGGAUUGCAAGUUUGUUUUGUUUUCCCAACAUUUCCCAUCCUGAUUGGAGGCUUUAGGGAAUCACAGAUUGAAGGGUGAGAUGGACAGCCUCAGUUUUUUGCACCUCUGUGGUGGACUGAGUAGUCCGGGGAAAGAAGCAUAAUUGUUUAUUGCUCCUUAUCAGCGAUCCUCUGAAAAAUGAAAAAAUGAACUGAAACCAGGACGAUGCCAAGAAGCUUUUUUUUUUUUUAAAACAUUUCUUAAACAACUUUUUUUUUUUUAAUUAUGGAGGCAAAGCUAUGAACUUUUACAGCUGUCUGACACACUAUCUAAUUUGCGCAGACUGACCUUGAGAAUGGCCAUUGGGGAUAUUGGUGUGUGGUAUGUGGUGUGUGUUGGCUAGACACAGGUAGCCUCAAAUCUAAGCAGAGCAUCUGGCCCUGGGGAAGUAAACAUAACUUCUGUUUUUCUACAAUAUAUGGCAGUGCCAUGCUGAGAUUCCAAUGUUGGUAGUCCUAAGAUGGGAUUUUGUGGCUUAGAAUCUGAGAUUGGUUUGGAGGACAAGCAGGUCUGGGAGCAGUCCAAAGGGACAAUGCUUGAAUUCCUGUGCAGUAGCAGAGCCAGAUCAGAUUAGCCAGAUCAGCCCCUCAGCGGGACCCUCAUACAGUGCAGAACUGCUGUGGGAGGACUCUCACUGUGCGUGUGCAUACACACACACGCACACACACACACACACACACACAUGCAUUCACAGGUACAAACUUAGAGUCUAAGGAGCAUAAAUCAUAAAUAAAGGUUUGAGACAUUUUGUGUGUACAAGAAGGUGUGUGUCGGUCUGUUUUUAUGUAUGCACUUGUGCAUGGUGUGAAGUUAAGAUUUGACACUGAUGCUCUGUGUGGGUUCGUUCCCAUUGCCGCUAGGAGAGUGAUUAAUUGUGUAAGCGAAGUGGUUGUUUAGACAGGCAGGGGUCACAGAGGCUGUCUGCCAACUGAAUAUUUUUCUGGAUAACUGAGCGAGAGGAGGCAGUUAUGCAGGAGCAAACCUGCGCAGUGAAGCAAUGAAUACAAGUAUUUGAUUCCCUCGGAUCAGAUUUGCUGAGUGAGAGAGACAGAGAGUACAAUAAAAAAGAAAAAAAAAAGAUCUGAAUGUGAGAUAUAAGUUAUUUUCCUAGUCCCAUGUGUACAUGACUGGAAAAAUCUUGCUUGUUAUUUAAGACCCUGGUUUGUUCCUUGUCUUUUUGCCAGUCAGAAAAGAAUGUUUAUGAAAUGAUCUGAAUUAGAUUUCAAGUUGAUAAGUUCCCUUCUUUAUUUUCCUUUACUGUACUAUGGUUAAUGGAUGUGGACAUAAUUUUUGAUAAGCAUUUUGCACAAGCAGCAUCAUUAAUCAAUACGAAUAUAGUAGCACAUCACAUUAUCAAGGCAAUAAUGUAUUUUAAAAAUAUGUUUAUGUUUAAUAUGUAAGGAAUAAAAUAUGAUAGGGUGUGCUGUUAAUUGAAUAGAAUCAUUGAUGGGGUAGUAUGAUUUGGCCCGAUGUGAAGUUGAUUAUUUUCAUAAUAAUAGCAUAUCUCAAAGUGUUUUAUUCCUCUUCAGCAAUAUGACAAUGCUAUCGAUUUUUUUUGUUGUGCCUCUGCCACUAGCUGGUGGAGGCAUUAUGUUUGCGGGUUGCCUGUCCAUCCUUCCAAGAUUCUCAUUAGCACGAUAUCUCAAGAACUAGUGGUUGAAUUUUUGGAGGAUUUAUAUGGAAAUGUCAUUGUAACCAGCAGAAGAAGCAGCUGGUUAGAUUUUGGAAUUGAUCCUAACAGGGUCAAGGUCACAGUUCAAAUGUCUAAAAUAAGUUUUUUAUCAAUAUCUUCCAUUCUGUUUGAAGUAUAUUUUAAGAGUAUUUCAGGCAAACAAAUUAGUAACCAGAAGGACUAGACUUGGCAUCAAGUUUUACUUGUUUAUUAAAAAAUGGUACAUCAUACUUUGUAUUCAUUUAUGGUUAUGUUUAAUGCUGUGGAACGUCCGUGAAACAAGUUACUUUCUGUUAGCACUCUCAUUAUAGCAGCUAUAAACAUACCCUAUAAGUCAUUCCCUCACCAGCCUUGUUUUUUCUUGAAGUUAGUAAGUAAAAAAUGGAGCUUGUCUUGUUAUCGAGAAACCACAAAGUCCUCCAUCUAGAAGACUUUUCAGUGUCAGAAAAACUUAAAGUUACAGCUUUACCUCUGACUGUUACAAACUGUUGACACUGGAGACUCCUUCCAUAAAUGCUAAAUAAACCUCACCUGUGAAUUAGCUUAAUUUUAUAUAAUCCAAACCAUUAUAUAUGACCAUAUGACCAAUACCAUAUGACCAAUCUGAGUCGAGAACGCAACAGCACUGCUGUAUGAGGUGCAAAUGAAUAGUUGAUUGAUGUCUUUUGGGUUUGAAAAUUGAUGUUUGAAAAUUGUAUGACAGUUUGAAUGAAAACAAAACGAGGCAGGCCUACUUUUGCCACUGACUAAAAAACAUUUAGCAGCAUGUGUGACACUCAUGCUAGCUUACGCAUUUUACAGGAAAUCACUAUAACUUAAAAGAUUAUUACUGCAGGAUGUAGCUACAUAAUAUAAUGUUAUCCAUUCCAUAAGACAUUUGGGUUUGAAAUCAAAAGAUGAGAUCAGAAUUUCAGCUUUUAUUUCCUGAUAUUUACAUCUAGAUGUCUACAUGACACCUUUUGUUUGAACCCACCCAAGGGAUCAAAAAUAUUGGCGUGUCAGAUGUGAGUGACAGGUGUUUCUUGUUGCCCAGGGGUGCCCUGUUAUUUCGAUUGUUUAAACAAUUAAUAGCUCUGAAUGUCUACUCUUGGUUUGAGCCCUGGUUUUUGCCUGUGAAGACUGCAUUUGUUGUUAAAAAGGAUAAACCAACAUGAAGUCCAGAGAGCAAGCCAUUUUGAAGCUGAGAAAAGAGGGAAAAUUGAUCAGAGCCAUUGCACAAGCAUUGGGCAUAGCCAGUACAACAAUUUGGAAUGUCCUAAAAAAGAAAGAAACCACUGGUGUACUAAAAACCAGACACUGAACAGGUCGGCCAAGGAAAACAACACCAGUUGAUGGCAGAAACAUUGUGAGAGCUGUGAAGAAAAACCCCAAAACAACGGACAAUGACAUUACCAACAACCUCCACAGGGCAGGGGUGAAGAUAUCACAAUCCACAAUUUGAGGAAGACAUUGGGGGCGGAAAUAUAGAUGCCAUACCACAAGAUGCAAACCACUCAUCAGCAGUAAGAAUCUGAAGGCCAGAUUAGAAUUUGCAAAGAAAUACAGAGAUGAGCAACAAAAGUUCUGGAACCAAGAUUAACCUCUACCAGAGUGAUGGAAAGGCCAAAGUGUGGAGAAAGAAAGGAUCUGCUCAUGAUCCAAAACAUACAAGCUCAUUGAUAAAGUAUGGUGGAGGUAGUGUCAUGGCUUGGGCUUGCAUGACUGCUUCUGGAACGGGCUCACUAAUCUUUAUUGAAGAUGUAACUCAUGGUAGCAUCAGGAUGAAUUCAGAAGUCUACAUAAACAUUCAGUCUGCCAUUUUACAGGGAAAUUAAUCCAAUCUAAUUGGGAGAUACUUCAUCAUGCAGCAAAACAAUGACCCAAAACACACUGCCAACACAAAAAAAGGUCUUCAUUAGAGGAAAAAGAGGAAGGUUUAAGACUGGCCAAGUCAGUCACCAGACCUUAACCCAAUUGAGCAUGCAUUUCACCUGCUGAAGAGGAGACUGAAGGGACAAACCCCCCAAACCAAGCAACAACUAAAAUAAGCUGUGGUACAAUCCUGGAAAAGAAUACAACAGUUUGGUGAUGUCAGUGGGUCACUGGCUUGAUGCAGUUAUUGCAAGCAAGGGAUAUGCAACCAAAUAUUAAGUGUUAUUUACUUUAAGACUAUCUGUUCCAAUUACCAAAAAAAUUGGGUGAUCUGCCACCAAAGGUGCCAUGUUCUAAGUUGUUUAACACACCUAGAUGUAAAUAUCUGGAAAUGAAAGUUGAAAUUCUGAUCUCCCAUCUCAUAUUCAUCUUUUGAUAUCAAUCUCAAAGGUCUUCAGUGUAUAGCGAAAACAAAAGAAUUGGCCUUGCAGUGCCAGUGCAUUUAGACGGGAUUGUAUGUACUAAGUACAUACAAUAUACAGUAUUUUCCUGUAGUUAUUUUUUCUCCCUUGUAUUUCGGCAGCUUCUUCUCUACAGCUGGCUAGUUCUUCUACAAGCAAUGUCUGCUGGUCAGACAUUCAAGAAUUGAUUCACAUCAUAGAAAAACUCAUGGAAACAUUAGAGACAUGUAAAAUUUUCGACAAAUUAGCUUCUGCAUUGUAGUCAUCUAAUUGCUUAUGAGCAAGAACUACAGACCAAUCUUUGUUGUAAUCGCAGUGUCAGAGGUGAGAUUUGUUUUAAAGACGAGUGAGGGAAACAAUACUGAUAUCAGAGUUCAAUGUGUGAAUGUAAGUGUGGAUGGAUCCAGGAACUAUUAUUCCCACCUCACGCCCAUGGUUCCCAGGAUAGGCUCCGGGUCCACCAUGACCCUGGCUAGGAUAAGCGGUGACUGAAGAUGAAUGAAUGGCUAGCCAUAUUACAGAGAUGUCUCAAGAGACUCCCACACUUGCACAUUUCAUCACUAUGGGUGCUUUAUACAUCUUUUACUCAGAAAUGUUAAAAGGAGGAUAAUUUCUUUUUUUUUUUUUUUUUUUAUUUGUAUCAACUCAUGAUCAUGGGUAACAUGACUGGUUCGACUUGUCGUUACUUCUUGUUGCCAGGGAAAGGGUUAUUAUGGUUAUUGAUAUAUAAAACCAAAUCGGACUGGAGCUUUGUAAUUAGCUUACCUUUGAGAAAAAAUGAAAAAAAUGUCCUGCAUGGCUAGAAAUGUUCUACUUAUGACAUGUCAUGUAUCCAAAUAAUUAAAAAAAAAAAAAACAGCAAAUGGAUGAAUAUAGUGCCUAAAAUUUCAAACCUGUGUGCACAAACGUGGCAUAUGGAAUUGCGCAAUCGAGUCGUGUUCCAGAAGGAAUUCUUCUAUGUGAAGGCAAACCUGCGAUUAUGAGCCAGUCCCCCAAACAAGCCUAGAAAUGGUCCUGGUGCGGACUUAAGUGUGAAAACACCCUAAAAUGCCUUUGAUAAAUCUGGCAUAGUCAAUAUUAGAACAGUAAUAAUUUGCAAACCAAAGGUAGUCUAUGGUGGAGUAAAAUAGAACAGAACAGAAUAGAACAGAUGGGAGUAAAGGAAUGGAAUCUCAUUCACACAAUAACACUCAGUCAUUGUAGGGUCGUGUCCAAGUUUCAAAGUUUCUGAAUGUUUUUUUUUUUGUCUUUUAAAACAUAACUGUAACACCAGUGGGCAUGUGCUGACAGGCUACAGUAUGACAUGAUUCACAGUUGGAAUCAAGAGCCACAAUGACGUGUACGUGUGUGUGUGUGUGUGUACAUUUUCUGUAUAAACAAGUCUUGAGUUUUUACAUUGUUUUCAUGAUAUGUGAUCUUAAUGCAUAAGAAACCUCACAUUAAAAUGUGAUCAGAAGUGCACUCCUUUGUUGUUCAUCUUCAGUGGUUUUAUUUGUAAGAUAAUGGAAACAAAACAAUGCAAGACAGUAGGCAAACACCUGGAAUAAAAGAAGAAAAGGAAUAAGGAAGAAGAGACAGGAGAAAGUUGAGAUAAAAGCAAGUGACAAGAGGGAAAGUAUUAAAAAUGAAAAAGGAAAAGCAGACAAAUGAAGGGGGAAAAUGAUUAAAAGACAUGUUUAUUUAAACAGUGGGGAUUGUCUUUUGGAAUGGAAGAGUUAGAUCCGUCUCGUCUGACUGU